AUACGAAUUUACCUGUGUGACGUCACGUUACAUUUGGCUGAAUCGUCGGAUACUGGCAGUCAAAAAACCAGGUGUCUGUGUGCAGUCAGGAGCGAGUGAUGUGAUUUCUUGAUUAAUUGCAACUUGGGAUUCUGAGAUGGAUUAGAUAUUCGUGUUGGGAGCGUGAUUCUGUCUAACAGCAGACAACAUGCCGGACGAAUCGGUUAAGGUAGCGGUAAGGGUCCGUCCCUUUAACCAAAGGGAGAAGGACAGACAGGCAAAACUGAUAAUUAAGAUGCAAGGACAAAUGACAACCAUUAAAAAUCCGGAGACACCAAAUGAAGAACCAAAAAGCUUUUCAUUCGAUUAUUCAUAUUGGUCACAUGAUGGUUUCCAAGAAAAGAGCGAUGGCAUUUUAGAACCUGCAGGCGGGUCUAAUUAUGCGAGUCAGAGACGAGUAUUUGAGGAUUUAGGACAAGGUGUUUUGGACAAUGCAUUUGAAGGAUAUAAUUGCUCCCUGUUUGCCUAUGGACAGACAGGAUCUGGAAAGUCCUUCUCCAUGGUGGGAUAUGGCAAUAACAAGGGUAUUGUACCAAUUACCUGUGAUGAAAUGUUCAAAGCUAUGGGCAGAAAUUCUGACUCAAAUAAGAGAUUUGAGGUGACGUUUUCUAUGUUAGAAAUUUAUAAUGAACAAGUGAGGGAUUUAUUAAGUAAAGACAACCCUAAAGGCGGACUUAAUGUGAGACAGAAUCCCAAACUCGGGCUGUUUUACGUGGAAAAUCUCAAACGAGUCCCAGUGGGUAGUUAUGCUGAAAUUGAGAAGAGAACUGAACAGGGAACGGCCAGUCGUACAGUGGCGUCCACCAACAUGAAUGCCACCAGCAGCAGGGCACACACUGUGGUCACCAUUACGUUUGAUCAGAUCAUCAAAAAUGACUCUGGAUCAGAAACGAAAAAAAGUAGUGUCAUGAACCUUGUCGAUUUGGCAGGUUCUGAGAGAGCGGACAGCACAGGGGCCACUGGUGAUCGUCUGAAGGAAGGGGCUAACAUCAACAAAUCCCUGUCUGCCCUGGGCAAUGUCAUCUCAGCUCUUGCUGAUUUGUCAAUGGGUACGAAGAAGAAAAUCAUGGUCCCAUACAGAGAUUCAGUUCUGACCAAACUGUUACAGAAUGCCUUGGGAGGCAACAGUAAAACUAUAAUGAUUGCUGCCCUGUCCCCAGCUGAUAUCAACUAUGACGAAACUUUGUCCACUCUGAGAUAUGCAGACAGAGCAAAGAAAAUCAAAAAUAAAGCUGUUGUCAAUGAAAAUCCUCUUGAUAAACUCAUCAGGGAACUCAAGGAGGAAAAUGAGAAAUUGAAGAAGGCCAUGGAAAGUGGUGGAGUGGUGAUGCAGGAGGGAACAGGUCUUUCUCCAGAGGAACUGGAGAAGAUGCGUAAACAGAUGGAGGAGGAUAUUCGAGCCCAGCUGAUGGCCAAUCAGGCAAUGCUGGCGGAUAAUGACCAGAGCUGGGAUGAUAAGCUUGCGGAGGCCAGGACUGAGACAGAGAAAAUUGAGGGAGGUGCAGAUGAUAAGAGGAAGACUAAGGAGCCCCACCUCAUCAAUUUAAAUGAGGACCCCAUGUUGUCUGGAGUUAUAUGUCAUUUCCUGAAUGGUGGAGAAACCAGCAUAGGAAGGAAAGAUGCCAGUCCCACUCCAAACAUCUGUCUCAGUGGUCUCAGUAUACAGAAACAACAUGCGGUGAUCUACAGCACAAAAGGAGUGAUAGAAAUAGAAUCGGUGUCAGGAAGUGGGUCAAAGACAAAAAUCAAUGGACUACCUCUCACUGGAAGGAAAGCUCUGUGUCAUAAGGAUAGGAUUCUCUUUGGAUCCAACCACAUGUAUGUUCUGAUGAAUCCCAUGAAGCCUGAAACUGCAGAUACAAGUCUUCCGAAAGAAAUUACAUGGGAAUAUGCUCAGAAAGAAAUUGCCCAGGUCAAAGGAUUUGCCACAGGGUCUGCAGGGCUUAGUAAAGAACAACAGAUAGUACAGGAACAGGUUUUAGAGAUCCUCCCUAUGGUGUCUGAGGUCAAUGCAGUAUCUGAGGAACUGAACAAACAGAAGUCUUUUGAGGUUGUUCUAAUAUCUGCAGCUGCGCAGGAAGGAGGGGAUGUAACUCAGUCACAGGCCUCCAAAGUGACAGUGAAAAUGAAGAAUCUAUUGAAUGGGAACACAUGGUUGUGGGAAAGAGGAAAGUUCAUCACCAGAAGAUACCUGAUACAAGAGUUGUACCAGAAGUUUCUGGAUGGUGAGGAUAUUUCUAAUAUCCCCAAGGAACAGGACCCAUUCUGGGAGCCCACAGAGGAUGUCUUGGUAGGGACAUCUAAUCUCUUCCUGCAGUCUCUGUCCUACUGCCUGGACUUUGAAGAUACUCUCAACAUCUCAGAUUACAAGGGCCAGGAGGAGGGGCACCUGAAGGUUAAAUUAGAGCCCUGUGAUGCCAAGGGAAAACCUAUUGAUGAAGAGGCUUUUGUGGAUGAUCCCCGCGAUUUACUAAACAAACCAUAUCACUUCAAGCUCACCAUCGAAACUGCAAACAUACACAAGUCCAGAUUCUCCAAAGGAAUCUUGGUGAAAUAUACUGUGAAGAACAAUGGGAAAGCUGAGGAGGUGAAGACUCCUACUGUUAAGAACACCUUGACCCCAACCUUCAACUUCUCCAAGAUUGUGACCAUCCCCAAACUGAAGCAAGAGAACUUGGACUUCUUUGAGUCAGGCUGCAUCACUCUGUCUGUGUACGGAAUACAGGAGGACACCAUGCCAGACGCCAAACUCCUGAAACUCAAUACGAGGGAGUUAAGACAGAUGGAAAACAUGGAGAAUUCACAGGCCCACGCCAGCGGUAGGCGGGCCACCAUGUUUGGUAAUGAGAUAGCCUCCGAUACCUCUCACCUUAAGACAGAGGUAGUGCUGCUGCAGAGGAAGUAUGAACGACUGCAGCAGAAGGAACGCAGAAUGCAGCAAGUUUGUGAAGAAUGGUCUAAUAAACCUGAUGGGGAGAAGCAGUUUGAGCCCUUCUUUAGGGUGGUUUCAGCUGUUGCCAACAGCACGGGAACUAGGUUAAAGACUCGCGUCCAGAUGCUCAAUCAGAUGCUAAAGUUACAAAAAAAUGUUGCACUGCCAAGUUACAAAGAUAAAUCUUCCCCAAUGUUACAUUUGCAAAAGGAGGCACCUGGUAUGCAAAGACAAAAAACUAUGGACCCCAGCAUGCUGUCAAAGGUAUUGCAAGGGCAAAAGUUCGUGAAGCAAAUGGCCCUGGAGAAAAGCGAUGGUAAACACAUCGGGGACGGGGAUACGAUAAGUUUAUUUGUCUUUGAUGAAAAUGAACACGAGUUGGCUCAGGAGGCCAGUCUUAAUGACGGCAUUGUCGACUACCAUAAAGUAGCCAAGCACCAUUACCCGGACCUACAACAAACCAAAGCCAAAACUGACCCUGUGAUAGAAGAGAAAGACGGUAGUCAAGGAGACCAAGAUUCGUUUGGCUCUGUAGACUUGGCGCCCUAUAUGAAUGCAGGUCCUGAGGACUCGCUCAACCGCACUAAAAGGUUCUCUCAAAACGGCAAAAGGACAGCUUUCCUUUCUGAAAUAAACACCAAGAGAGAGGUUAUUAAACCUGCGCGAAAUGCAAUAAGUGAAUACUCAGCAAAUAAAAAAGCUGCACCUUCGAAUGGAAAGCGACCAAGUUCUGCUGAACAUAACAAAACGGAGAGUUCAGCUUGUGUUAUACAGUGAUGUCAUCGGUGUUUCUACAGUAUCAUUUAAAUAUGCAUAACCAUUUUGUUGUUUCACUGAUUUAUUUCUGUGACUUAACAUGCUAAAACUGUUGCAUGUAUAUAUUACAUUGGACUGUACUUUCAGAAUAUCUGUGAUAAAAAGGGUUAUGGAACCAUUAUUUUCUAUGGAGAGGUCCCUUGCAAUGUUAUAUUUUGUGUUACUUAAAAUCUGUACCGAUUGUUCCAUCCAUUAGGAAUCUGAAGUUUUUUAAGUUUAUUUACUGUCUAGCAUUAAGAAUCUCUAGUGAGAUUUAAUGAUAAACACAGUAUUGUUUCCAUUUUAAAGUGCACUUCUAUUGAAGUUGACUUCGUACCAUUUCUAAUCAUAUCGAUAUUUUUCUGUUAUAUGCUGUGAUUUUCCGUCCAAUGUUUGCAGUCUAUUUCUUCAAAAUGUAUUUCUAUUUAUUUCUUUUGUAAAAAAGACUUUUGUGACUAUACUCAACAAACAUAUUAAUAAAUCAUUAUAUUAUCA